AUGAUGUUAUCCAAGCUUGCAUUUUUUGCUUCCGUCGCCUACUCGAUGGCUAUUCAAGUUACCAGUCCCUCGAAAAAUGAUGUAUGGGAAACUUUCCAGAAUCACACGGUUAGCUGGAAUUUUGUCGACACAGAUCCAAAAGUUGCUGGAAUAUAUUUGGCCAAUUAUGUCAGUGUCAAUCAAAAUCGGUUCGUUGCAAAGGUUUCUGUAUCAGACGGCAGCUAUACUGAUGGUACAAACACUUGGCCUACUGGUGAAGGUUAUUUCUUCAAAUUCACUAAUCCUGACAAUGUUGAAGAAAUAUAUGCUUUAUCAGAGGGAUUCACUCUUACACACCCAAGCACUUAG